AUUGCUGAUUGACAGCACCUGUAUGAAGUAGUGCUUGAAGUGUGUAUAAAAGCAGCAGACUGUGUUUUUGCUUCAAUAUGAGUAGUUUUUUCUUUUACUACAUCAGUUAGUCAGAAAACUCAUCAUUUACAACUAUUGUGUGCCAGUUUUGAGAAUGGCCAAGAAGGUGCUGAUUGUGUAUGCCCAUGAGAGCCCUGCCUCCUUCAAUGCUGCUGCCAAAGAUGCUGCUGUGGCAGCUCUGACUGCUCAAGGCUGCACUGUAGAGGUGUCCGACCUGUAUGCCAUGAAGUUCAAAGCUGCUGCUACUACUGAGGACAUCACUGGUGGAGUGAAGGAUGCGGAGAACUUCUGCUACGCAAAGGAGAUCAAACUGGCAUCAGAGGAGGGCAGACUUGCAGAUGACAUCAAAAAAGAGCAGGAGAAGCUCAAGGAGGCAGACCUUGUCAUCUUUCAGUUCCCCAUGUACUGGUCAUCUGUUCCUGCAAUCAUGAAGGGGUGGAUGGAUCGGGUGUUGGGCUCUGCCUACGCACAGGAGAAGCGGUACAGUGAGGGGAUCUUCAAGGACAAGAAAGCCAUGCUGUCCUUCACCACUGACUGUCCUGAAUCUGUGUACAGUGACACUGGCAUCAAUGGUGACAUCAAUGUCACACUGUCACCACUGCAGAACGGGAUCCUGAACUACUGCGGCUUCCAGGUUUUUGCCCCUCAGAUCUUCUGGGAUCCUGCUACUGGUUCUCCUGAAUCUCGCAGCUCCAUGCUGGAGGGCUGGCGCACACGACUGCAAAACCUCUGUGGGGAAGCACCUGUGUACUUUGCUCCCUUGGACUACUUUGACAAGGAGAAGGGUUUCCUGCUGAAGCCUGAGGUCAAAGAGAAAUAUGCCAGCAAAGAAUGUGGCCUCACAGUGGGGAUCCACAUGGGCAAGCCACUGCCGGCCAACAGCCAGACCAAGGCCGGGGUCUGAAGAUGGAGUGGGCCCAUGUAAUGUCUUGGUCCUAAAAUGUAUGCUGCAAUAAAAAGGCUGCUUUAUUGUUACUUCA